AUGAAAAAUGAUCUCUUACUACCAAAUACUCAAUGGAAAGGACUUCCUGCAACUGGUAUACGUGUUCAACGUGUACAACAAGAAGUAAAUUUAUCAUUUAUACGUCUUGUUUAUCAAUUUUAUACAGUUGUUGGUAAUGCACUUGAAGAUACAGGUACUGAUAAAAUAGCAAAAUCAGAUACAAAUACAGAUACAAAUGGGCAAAAAAUAAUUCUACUAUUUUUACACCUGAAAAUGAUAUUCAAACUCUUGUUUUAA